AUGGCGGCAGACACAACAACGACAACGGAUACGAGAACAACCACCGUCGAUGCCACACAAGUGCUGAGCGACUUCAGCGAGGUCGUCGCCUCGCUCAAGGCUUCCUGCCAAGCCGACGUGACCACGUCCGCCUUGUCAUCGGUGAUGGGAAAGCUCAAGAUCAUGGCCAACGCCGUCGCCGCUCUGGACGCCUCCCCGUCUCUCAAGAGCAUGCAGCUCGGCUCCGACAUGGCCGAGCUGGCGCUGCUCUGUCUCCCCCCCGACACGAAGGACGUUCUGCUGAGCAGCGGCUGCUCGAGCGACCUGGCUCUGGAGCUUGUAUGCCGCAACCUCACCAAGCUGCCGGCCCUAGCAAAGACUCUAUACAAGGUGUGA